AAAAAAUGAGAAAAAGUCUUAUUUGGCACCGUAUCAUACUGCAAAUUCCACCACGACUUCCUGACUGGGAUUACUUUUGUUUGUGCAAACACUCCUGAACCCACUGAACUUUACCUCAGUUGUUCAUUUCAAACAUAGAUAGCAGCCUUUUGUUUAGUUUCUUUGUAAGCGGCGGAUACUUAUUCUAAUUACUUAGUAACUAAAGAACACAGGCUCCUGACCUUUACCUACUGAGGACAGAUAGUGCUCUACUUUCAUUUGAGGACUUUGAACGUACACAACUCUAAUUUAUAGAGGAGCUUCAGCAGCUUUAGGACCAACAGCUUUACUCUUGCUUUUUUAGUGCAGAGGAAAGAAGGAUUUUCAGAUCUAUUUUUUUAACAAUUGUUCUCAUUGCAUUGGAGAAGGAAGGAAGAGGGAUGCGGCAAUCGGUUGUGUUGGUGUUAUUCAUUCUGAGCAUGGCUUUAGAGGACCGAGCGGCUGCAAAAAAAGUAAAGGACUCUGCAGAAACCCCCAAGCUUGUUAAGCCAGACAAAGUUAAAGAUACCAACGCUGCUGUGAAAAGCAGCUCUUCACCAAAGUUUUUAGGUAACCUGCUGGUGAUACCCAUGGAUGGGAGUCAUUGGGUGGGUAUAAAAGCGCUUGCACAAGAAUUGGGUCGACGCGGCCACAGGGUCACUGUUGUGAUUCCUGAGCACAACCUACGGAUGGGUCCAGGGAAAUACUACGAUACCAUCUUCUAUCCGGUUCCUUAUGAUAAGGAACAUGUUAUUAAUUUGCUGUCUUCACACAAGGAUGUCUUAGAAAAAUCAGUACAGCCGUUCAUGGAGAAAAUAAAGGCAAGAUUCACCCAGAUUGGAAAAACCAGCAAUUUUCUUCAUACCACUGCAGAGAGUCUGCUGUUCAACACCAGCCUCAUUCAUCAUCUAGCAGAGCAGAAGUUUGAUGCGGUCCUCACAGAUCCAAUGGUCCCAACAGGUUCAUUCAUUGCUCGGAAACUUGGUGUCCCUGUUAUUAACUUACUGAGGGGGAUCCCCUGUUUUAUGGACCUGAAAGCUGCAGGCUGCCCUGCCCCACCAUCCUAUGUGCCUCGAUUUUUCACUGGACUCACUGACAAGAUGAACUUCAAGGAGAGAACCAUUAACACUUUGGUGGCUUUACUGGAACCGUUACUGUGUCGGAUUCUGUACUGGCACUUCGACCAGACAGCCUACAAAUUUCUGGGAGAGAAAGUGGGCGUCGCAGAGAUUCUUUCAGAUUCUGACAUCUGGCUGCACAGGAUUGACUUCACGCUGGACUCUCCCCGCCCUCUCAUGCCAAAUACUAUUCUAGUUGGUGGAAUAAAUUGCAAAUUGAGGAAUCCUCUUCCUGAAGAUUUGGUGACGUGGAUCUCAGGUGAGCAUGGGUUUGUAGUGUUUACUCUGGGCUCCAUGCUUUCAGAACUGCCAGAAUACAUCACGUCUACCUUCCUAGAAGCCUUCAGGCAGAUUCCACAGAAGGUGAUAUGGAGAUACACUGGUAAAGUUCCUGACAAGAUCCCAGAAAACGUGAAGAUGAUGAAAUGGGUACCUCAGAACGACCUGUUAGCUCAUCCUGGGGUUCGAGCUUUCAUCACUCACGCUGGCUCACACGGCGCGUUUGAGGGUUUAUGUCACGCUGUUCCCAUGUUGAUGGUGCCGGUGAAUGCAGAGCAGCCCGACAACGCACAGAGGAUAGCCAGCAGGGGAGCAGGAGUGGUGCUGGAUAUAACCUCCAUCACCACUGAGAGCCUGCUGCAGGGGCUGAAUGAGGUCAUCAAUAACCCCAGGUACAAAGAGAACAUCAGGCAGCUUUCAGCCCUUCAUAACGAUCGCCCCAUGGACCCUCUGGAUCUUUCAGUUUACUGGACAGAAUAUGUGAUGCAACAUAAAGGAGCGAAACACCUCAAAGCUGCUGUUCAUGACCUUAACUGGUUCCAGUACUACUGCCUGGACAUUGUAGCACUGCUAGCCACUGUGCUGCUGGUUACUGUAACACUGAUAUUUAAAUGUCUGAAACUCUGCUUCCGGAAACUGGGCAGGAAGAAGAAGCAAGAGUAAAAGGAUCCGUCAACCCUCCUUUUUUUUCCUCCAUGUUAAAACAAUAAAGAAUUAAAAACCAAACAUCCAUGAGGUGAUCAAAAUACAUUUAAUCAAACCAACAAAAUACAGAAUAUCAUAAGAUCAAAUUACACAUGAUGCCGAACAAUCAGUGAUCUCCUUUCUUUGGAGGAAACAUGGUGUACUCUAUUGCCAGGGCAACAGUAAAGGCAGCAAAGCCCCACUUAAAACCUCUGAGCAGAACAUCCGAUAGGGUCACCGCACGGGCGAAGCCGCCUGCAUACCUCCACGCCUCGUUGCUGCAGGCAGAUAGAAAGCAAAGAGACAGACAUUUAUAAACACAGUGCUGCUGACCCAAACAAAGUAGUAUCAAAAGCAUAACAUUCUAAGUUUGAUAUAAACUUUGUCCACAAACAAUGGGACAUCUUGUAAAAAAAAAAUAUAUAUAAGCUGCAACGAAAUGAUUUCAUAAUUGUGGGCUACCUAAAAAUUUAUAUUUUUACAGAAAGCAUGUUCUCAUUCAGUCUCCUCCUCUGAUCAUGAUUGGUCGAUAUUUGGCCCCUUUGCCUUGCAAAAGUUCUCCAAAUUAAUCACUGUGAGAACAUCUCUUCUCCAAAGCCUCUUUUUAGGUCUUAGAUAUUUUCAGGGACUGCAUCCUUCAAAGAGCGCUGCCCACGCAGACGUGGUUCCUCCUGAAUCUGGACAAACCCAAAAUAUAAUCUGUAAGAUGUAGUUCUGGACUUUUGUAAGGACAGUUGA